ACCAGAACGCAGUAAUGUUCACAUGUAAUACUAAUUUUAUGACAAUUUGGUAGAGUUAGCUUGGAAAAGCCUUUCUUGUCAACCAACCUAUUCAAUAUUGAAGUCAUUCCACAUUGAAUACUGGAUUAAAGUCUGUUAAAUAAUAAAAUAUGUAUAAUUCAUUUAUGCACCUAUGUUGCUUUUUGUUUCAGAUUAAAACUGAAAUUCUAAACUCAUUGUGAGAAGUGAUUAUACCUGUAAGCACAUUACAAUAGUAGUAUACAAUUAAAUAACAGCUAACAAUGUCACACAUGGACCUACAAGAUAUUAUGAACAUUAAGGAGGAGGCAAGCGAAUUAGGAAACAGCCCAAUGGGUUUACAGGUAAAUAUCGACAUCAAACAAGAGCCAGUUGGUGUUGCAGAAGAACACACCACGGAGACGGUGGAUCUGUAUACUGAUCAUGAUAUCAAAGAAGAAAUCGUCAUAGGCCCAGUGAUGUUGCAGCCUCCUGCUGUCGGUGAAGCAAAAUGUGUGCAAAGCACAUCUGAUAAGUUGAAUAUUUGUACUCAACCUUAUAAAUGUAAUAUUUGUAAUGUAGAUUUUAUAAGCAGCCAUAAACUUAUGUGUCAUAAACUGACUCAUACUGGAGAGAAAUCAAACAAGUGUGAGCACUGUAGCAAAUCUUUUGCCAAAAAGUCAAAUCUUACCAGACAUUUAAUUAUCCAUACAAGAGGGAAGCCACAUGAAUGUGAACAUUGUCAUAUAUUUUUUACCAAUAAAUCUCACCUUAACAGACACUUAAUAAUCCAUACAGGAGAGAAACCAUACAAGUGUGAACAUUGUAACAAAUCUUUUACCCGAAAAUCUGUUAUUGUCAGACAUUUAAUAACCCAUAGAGGAGAGAAACCUUACAAGUGUGAACAUUGUAACAAAUUUUUUACACAAAAAUCUGCUCUUAACAGACAUUUAAUGAUCCUUACAGGAGCAAAACCAUAUCAUUGUGUUUAUUGUAACAAAUCUUUUUACAGUAAAGCAAAACACAAUUAUCAUUUAAGGACUCAUACUGGAGACAGACCAUAUAGGUGUGAACAUUGUAACAAAUCUUUUACCAUUAAAGCAUAUCUUAAUUAUCAUUUAAAGUCUCAUACUGGAGAGAGACCAUUUAAAUGUGAACAUUGUAACAAAACUUUUAUCCGAAAAGGAACUUUUAAUCAACAUUUAAGACUUCAUACUGGAGAGAGACCGUAUAAGUGUGAACAUUGUAACAAAACUUUUAACUGUAAAGCAAAUCAUAAUAUUCAUUUAGGGACUCAUUCUACAGAUAACCCAUACAAAUGUGAACAUUGUAACAAAUCCUUUACCCAAAAAUCUGUCCUUAAGAAACAUUUAAUAGUCCAUACAGAAGAGAAACCAUAUAACUGUGAAUAUUGUAACAAAUCUUUUUACAGUAAAACAAAUCAUAAUUAUCAUAUAAGGACUCAUACUGGACAGAGACCAUAUAUGUGUGAACAUUGUAACAAAUCUUUUACCCAAAAAUCUCAUCUGAAAGUACAUUUAAUGACCCAUAGUGCAGAGAACCUGUACAAAUGUGAAUGUUGUAACAAAUGUUUUACCCAAAAAUCUGCUCUUAACAGACAUUUAAUAAUCCAUACAGAAGAGAAACCAUAUGAGUGUGAGCAUUGUAACAAAUCUUUUACCCAAAAAUAUGCUCUUAACAGACAUUUAAUAAUCCAUUCAGGAGAGAGACCAUAUAAGUGUGAACAUUGUAACAAAUCUUUUACCCAAAAAUAUAUUCUUAACAGACAUUUAAUAAUCCAUACAGGUGAGAGACCAUAUAAGUGUGACCAUUUGCAUUGUAACAAAACUUAUAACUAUAAAGCAAGUCUUAAUAUUCAUUUAAGGACUCAUACUGGAGAGAGACCAUCCUAAUGUGGACAUUGUAACAAAACUUUUAACAGACGAUAUCAUGAUUAUUAUUUAAGGCCUCGUACUGUUGAGAAGCCACACAAGUGUGAUAUGAUAUUUGCAAUAAGUAUUUUAUAAGAAAAGCAGCACUUCAGUACCAUAUAGUAAGCCAUACCACAGAUUACGUUAAUAGUUACUAAGGAAGCCUACUACAAUCAUACAAUACAAGUUUGAUAUUUGCAAUAAAAUUUCUAUAACAAUAUGUGAUCUGAAGAACCAUACAAGGACUCAUAGUAGGCAGAAACCUAGGAGUGUGACCUGUAACAAACUUGUUACGAAUAAUGAUGUGUCACACUGUUGAAAGACCAUAACAUUAAAUUAAAAUAUGUAUUUGUGUGUUCACUAGCUUAGGUUUGAGUUAAUAACUCUAUGUGGGGAUACUUUGAAAACAACAAUUAUUAUAAAAUUUUUAUUGAUUUAAAUGUUUCACCAUCAUGACAUUCAAUUAUUUUUUGUGAAAUUACUCUACUAGUAUAGUUAUAAUUAUUAAUACAAAAAUCGGACACUAAGAAAAAAGCCUUCGAUCCGGCCGGAUAACUGUCGGUUGACACUUCGUCGUUGGUUAUAUGCUCCUGAAUGUACUAGACUAGUUUUCGUAGUUUUAUUGGUUCUCUGUACAAAUUUUCAUCUCCUAUUUUACCCCCUUUUAGAUUUGUUUUAGUGACAAACAGUCCCAUCUAUCUAUACCAAAAUUCAUCAUAAAUGGUUCGUUAUAUGCUAAAAUUAAACGUGAAAAUGUAACAAAGUUAAUUUCGCAUUUUUAUUAGUAUUUGAAGUUUGUGAAAUGUAAUAUUUUCGGCUGAAAUACUUAAAUCCUUGGUCAACAAAUAAUUUAAAAAAAGGUUUGUGGUUGUUAGAGCCUUAUGGUCGUAUUCUAGAACUCUACUCA